AUGUCUACGUGGAAAGAGAGGCACUACCUCUGUGCGGAGAAAUACAUACCGUGGCCAGGAUUUUCUCCCCAACCCUACCACAAACUAGCUACUCAGAAGCCUCCGUACACAGAUUCCAAAAUCAAAGUUUGCCAGAAAAUCCGUUGCCCCCUCGAAGAAGCUGUCCUCUGGCACAUCUGGGGCUACCAUACCUGGUUGGAUGUAGGGAGGUUGCCGCCCGUCUACCGAUCCAGACCGGACAAGCCUUUUGAUAGCAACACCUGGCGAUGGAUCACUGCUCCCAGGAAGCCUUCCUUGACCGAGCCGCCCGUCCCACCUCCUUCCCUCUUGGAUGGGAACACCUACACCAAGUUCAUCGAAGGGGAAGGCUUGUUUGUGGACCUCAGGCACAAGAAACGAGUCCUGGGCCUAACGCAGAAAGAAGUGAACAAGUGUGAGCAACUGAAGUUCCGGAGUGAGUGUCGGGCUCCACCUUUAGAUGCUCACGGAAACAUCAUGCCUCCCGAAAUGCUCAGGCGGUACAAACAUCUGCUUUCAGGAAGAACCCCGGCCUCCGUCUGUGUGACGCUACAACCUGUGGUACCUUCUUCUCCAGAAUGUUGGAAUUAUCCCUGUCCGAGCUUUCAACCCCAUUACCAAGACUCUGCUGUUAAGUUUGCUCUGAAGAACAGUGGCCCCCUUUACAAGGAAGUGGUGGACAAAUACCAGGAACUGGUCCUUUGUGGGAGCCAGAUACGGUAUUCCACUCCAGCCAGCCAAAUAAGCAAACAAACCUAA